GGCGCGCCCACGUCUUAGUGCUGUGCCGCCGCGUUCUUCGAGGUGUACGGGUUCAGGGUCCGUUUUCGGUGGUCGCCCCGACUCAGGCUGUUGGCACAAAUGGCUCAGAAACCGCUGCGCCUCUUGGCUUGUGGAGAUGUUGAAGGAAAGUUUGAUGUUUUAUUCAAUAGAGUUCGAGCAAUUCAGAAGAAAAGUGGAAACUUUGACCUGCUGUUGUGUGUAGGAAAUUUCUUUGGCUCCACUCCAGAUGCUGAAUGGGAGGAGUAUAAAACUGGCAUCAAGAAAGCUCCUAUUCAGACAUAUGUGCUGGGUGCUAAUAACCAGGAAACAGUAAAAUAUUUCCAAGAUGCUGAUGGGUGUGAAUUAGCUGAAAACAUUACUUAUCUGGGUCGUAAAGGUAUCUUCACUGGAAGCUCGGGGCUGCAGAUUGUGUACCUCAGUGGGACAGAGUCCGUAGAUGAGCCAGUCCCAGGUUACAGUUUUAGUCCCAAGGAUGUGUCUUCCCUGAGGACAAUGCUGUGUUCAACAUCCCAGUUUAAGGGUGUUGAUAUCUUGCUCACAUCCCCAUGGCCCAAGUAUGUGGGGAACUUUGGGAAUUCUUCUGGAGAGGUGGAUACCAAAAAAUGUGGCUCUGCUUUGAUCUCCGGUCUUGCCACAGACUUGAAACCAAGAUACCAUUUUGCUGCUUUGGAAAAGACCUAUUAUGAGAGACUUCCCUAUCGAAACCACAUCGUUCUGCAGGAAACCACACAGCAUGCCACCAGGUUCAUAGCUUUGGCAAGUGUUGGAAAUCCCGAAAAGAAAAAGUAUCUUUAUGCAUUCAGUAUUGUUCCCAUGAAACUAAUGGAUGCAGCAGAACUGGUAAAACAGCCUCCCGAUGUUACUGAAAACCCUUACAGAAAAUCUGGGAAGGAAGCAUCCGUGGGAAAGCCAAUUCCUGCCCCAGAGGAAGAAUCAGCCUGUCAGUUUUUCUUUGAUUUAAAUGAAAAGCAGGGAAGGAAGCGUUCAUCUACAGGCAGAGAUAGCAAGUCUUCUCCUCACCCAAAGCAGCCUCGCAAACCUCCUCAGCCUCCAGGACCUUGCUGGUUUUGCCUUGCCAGCCCUGAAGUGGAAAAGCACUUGGUGGUCAACAUUGGCACACAUUGCUACCUUGCCCUGGCCAAAGGAGGCUUAUCUGAUGACCACGUCCUCAUCCUACCCAUUGGGCACUACCAGUCAGUGGUGGAGCUUUCAGCUGAGGUGGUGGAAGAGGUGGAGAAGUACAAGGUGACACUGAGGCGGUUCUUCAAGAGUCGAGGGAAACGGUGUGUUCUGUUUGAGAGAAAUUAUAAGAGCCAUCACCUCCAGCUACAGGUCAUUCCUGUGCCACUCAGCCGCUGCACUACUGAUGACAUUAAAGAUGCCUUCGUUACCCAGGCAGAGCAACAACAGAUAGAACUGUUGGAAAUCCCAGAACACUCUGACAUCAAGCAGAUUGCACAGCCAGGAGCAGCAUAUUUUUAUGUUGAACUUGACACAGGAGAGAAGCUUUUCCAUAGAAUUAAAAAGAAUUUUCCUUUGCAGUUUGGAAGGGAGGUACUGGCCAGCGAAGCCAUCCUUAAUAUUCCUGACAAGUCUGACUGGAGGCAAUGUCAGGUCAGCAAGGAAGAGGAGGAGAUGCUGGCUCGCCGCUUCCGGAAAGACUUUGAGCCUUUUGACUUUACUCUGGAUGACUAAGCAAAGGGAAAAGGCACUUUAUGAACUUGACAGGAAGUAGUAGUAGCCUGUUUUUAAAAGAACUUACAGUCUCCCAUGGGGACUGUUUCUCUGCCUCUUUUUUGUGCAUUCCCAUGGAACCUACCUGCAGCAAGAGGCCUAAGAUUGAAUAUUUUUUUGAAAAUAUUUCUAGGAUGAAAAUCCUGUGUUAAAAUAAGCACGUCUGUCUUCCUGCUCCAAGUACAGCUUGUGUUAAUCAGCAUUUUCAAAACCAUUUAAACUAUCAAAUAAAAUCCAAAUGCUUUUCCAC